AUGACAUCCCUCAAAGGCCCCGGAGCUCACCAGACCUACGACGGGUCUGGGUUACGGAUUGCUAUUGUUCAUGCGAGAUGGAAUAUGGGGAUCAUUGGCCCCCUUGUGGAUGGAGCUAAAAAGACUUUAGAGGCCGCAGGUGUGGCAGAGGAUCACAUUGAAGUCCACACUGUCCCAGGAAGCUACGAAUUACCGUACACUGUCCAGCGUAUCUACUCUGCCUCGCAAUUACAGGCUGCCAACGCGGGGUCAUCUGGUGAAGGCAUCAGCGCAACAGACUUGCUCACCUCUUCUACGGGGGACCUCAGCAAGGCGUCGACGACAACUUCAACCGCAACUUCGAAACCAUACGAUGCUAUAAUUGCGAUCGGAGUUCUCAUUAAGGGCGAAACGAUGCAUUUUGAGUACAUCGCCGACGCGGUCACCCACGGGUUGAUGCGCGUCCAGCUGGACACCGGCCUUCCUGUUAUUUUCGGCGUACUUACGCUUUUGACCGAAGAACAGGGUCUCGAGAGAGCUGGACUCGGCUCCAAGGGGAUACACAACCAUGGGGAAGACUGGGGCAAUGCCGCGGUUGAGCUUGGCGUCAGGCGAAGGGGUUGGGCCAAGGGUGUGGUCGGCUGA